AUGCUGGUGACGCAGCUGGUCGCAAUGGACAUGCUGCUCACUAAUGCAGACCAGCAGAUAGCCAGCAGCUCCGGCCGCUUUGGGGCCCAGUUUGCACCUCCAGAGCUCUAUGCUGACUGGCUGGAGGUGGCUGUUGGAGCGGCCAAGACCCUGCACCAGUCUCUGCAGCAUGGGGGCGGGCGAGUGCUUCUGCGGCUGCCGUCUGAUCGGCGCCCGGCAGCGUAUGGCGCUCUAUGCCACUGGCGCAGCAUUGGCGCCAUGGCCAACAUCUUGUCAGCCGCCGAGAUGGCAGAUGCGCUGGCGGCCCACAUGCAGCCAGCACCAGCCGACAGCAGCAGGAUGCUCAGCACCAGUGGGCAGCGCCUGCUUCAGACAGCGUGCCUCCUGAUGCUGCAGCUUGUGGCCGCGGAUGAGGAGCAGCGUUUUGGGGGCGGCAAGGCUGUUGCCCAGCAGCGGGAUGAUGCAGACCUGCAGGGCGUGCUGCUUGGCCUUGCCGGCGAGCUGUUUGACUUCACAGACGCCUUUGGAGCAGCACCGUCACACUUUGGCGAACCCAGCCUGAGCUCUGGUGCCCUCCAGCUGACAGACAUCGUGGUAGGCGAGGCUGAGGUGGCCCUGCACCUGGCUGCCAUGGCUGCGGCCCACAUGCAGAUGCUGCAGGCUGUCAUUUGCGAUGCGGGACGUACAGAUGAGCUGCUUGCCUCAGCUGCACAGCAGCUCAGCAUCCACAGCGCCACAGUCGCCAGCAGCAUCGGUGCGUGCGCCAUCCUGUGCCCAGCAGCAUUCAGCCCUCCCUUGAGGGAGCUGCUGAGCGAGAUGGUGGCAGCAGCGUCGCCGCGCCUGGCUUCGUGCUUCAUUGCUGAUACUGUGAUGGAGGAAGUUCUGGAGCAGCUGAUCCCAGCUACACUUGGCGGCUUGGACAUGUUGGCGGUGCAGGGCUUCCAAGGUGUAGAGGUGCUCAACUUGCUGCUGUCUGCCUUCAGCGCCCUCUGCAGCGCAGCCGAAGGCAUGGUGGCAUCAGUGGACAGCGGGUCCGCCAGCCGCGCUGCCGCGCUGCAGCCUGAGCUGGCAGCCACCCUGCUGGAGCACUGGGCACGGCCUGAGCAGCAGCAGCAGGAUGCGCUGCAGCUGGCGCAGGCGGCUGCUGCCCGCAGCUGCGCCUACCUGCGCUGCUCCAAUGUGGGCGGCGAGGGCGGGCCUGCCGCGGGCCAGGGCGGCGGCAGCCAGCGCUGCGGCGCCUGCAGGGCAGUCUGGUACUGCAGCACCGCCUGCUCUCACGCCGAUUGGCGGCAGGGCGGCCACCGGCGCGUGUGCAAGGCGCUGGGGGCGGCGCGGCAGCAGCAGAAGCAGCAGGCUGCGGCGGCGCAGCGGUCGGCAGGCUGA